AUCGCUGGAUAUAGUGGAAAGACCCGUAUGUUCAGCACCUUGGACAGCGCGUGCAGAGCGCUCAUGGGAUUUGAAGUCAUUUUCGUGCGCUUGCGCGUCAUUGGCGACCGUUUAGAACUACAAAUCCCGUGAUUGUUUGCGCGGCGAACGCUUUCUCUGCUUGUAGGCAUCAUCGGAAACGGGCCACAAGGCGUCGUAGUAACCAAGCCGAAUGGGUUACUAGAAACCAGAAAUCAUAUUCUCUAAAAUAUUACGCCAAUAGCUCAACUCAAAGCGUCUUUACUCCCUCAACGCUGCGCCGACUCCGCGGUGGAGGGAUUAAUCCACCUAAACCAGCUCGCGCGGCUCUUCUCCUGGCUUCUGCAUCCCAAACCCGGUUCCUGAUGAUUCAGUGAUCCGGAUCACGCGAGGAAUGGAAGAGUUUGCUUGAGUAUCACUGGGAAUUGAAGAGCUUUAGGCGAAAGUUGAAGAAGAUGAAGGCGUUUGUGGGUAAGGUCUGAUCGUCGGGGCGGUCGAGAGUCGUCUGAUGGUUGAAAUCGUGGAGAUUUUCUGAAAUCCUGGCGGCAAACACGCCGACUUUUGCCCUUUAGAGAAGAUUAAAGCCAUGAUGGCUUUGAGGUUCGUCUCCUCGGUGAAGACCUGAAGUCUCUGCAAGCCUUUAAAGACGUCCAGAGCUCAGUGUGAUGGAAGUAGAUGCAUUUGGAUCUUCUGCUAGUUGUUUUAAUGGUAAUGCACAUGCUCUUUAAAGGCUUUUAUACUCUAAAGCCUGCUGCAAUGGCUGGUAGGUGCAACCAACUAAUCCAUUCUUGACUGUUAUAUAGCUUUAAUCUGGAUCCAAAUCAGCAUUUUCCCUUCAUUUUAGCCUGAUUCUUCAUGACACCCAUUGGGAUCUUCAGACAGCCUUCCCUGUACAGGUGACCCAGCUGAUGUUCCAGUUAUGAUGCCCAUGCUGCAUGCAUGAACUUCAAGAGGGCAUUGAAUGCUGUAGGGUUGGUGUUGCCUAGUGGUUAAAGAUCUGAACUGGUGACUGAAAGGGUUGGUGAUCCAUCACCACUGUGUCCUUGACCUCAGAGAGACGGUCCCUGUAGAAAGUCCUCUGUUAGUCAGCUAAAUGACACAUUUGUAGACGAUUGCAGAUCCCGAGAGCAUGGCAGAGAAGACGGCUCCCCGCUGUCAGCUGAGGCUGGAGUGGAUUCAUGGAUAUAGAGGACAUCAGUGCAGGAAUAACCUGUACUACACCGCGGGGAAGGAGAUCGUGUAUUUCGUGGCUGGAGUUGGAGUGGUCUACAACACCAGAGAACACACACAGAAGUUUUAUUUGGGACACAACGACGACAUCAUUAGUCUAGCGUUGCAUCCGGAUAAGAUCCAGGUGGCCACAGGUCAGGUUGGGAAGGAUCCGUAUAUCUGCGUGUGGGACUCUUACUCCCUGACGACGGUAUCCAUCCUGAGAGACGUUCACACUCACGGUGUGGCCUGUCUGGCCUUCGACGCAGAUGGACAGCGUUUAGCUUCAGUGGGGCUUGAUGCCAAAAACACUGUGUGCGUUUGGGACUGGAAAAAAGGGCGUGUCUUAGCCACCGCCACGGGACAUUCUGAUAGGAUCUUUGAUAUUUCCUGGGACCCAUUUCUGGCGCACAGGCUGGUGAGCUGCGGAGUCAAGCACAUUAAAUUUUGGACAUUAUGUGGCAAUGCUUUGACGCCAAAACGAGGGAUUUUCGGAAAGACGGGGGACCUGCAAACCAUCCUGUGCUUGGCAACGGCGAAAGAUGAAGUGACGUAUUCAGGCGCUCUUAACGGAGACAUUUAUGUGUGGAAAGGACUCAACCUGACACGAACGAUACAGGCGGCUCACGGCGCAGGGAUCUUCAGCAUGCAUUCGUGUGAAGAAGGCUUCGCCACCGGUGGGCGUGAUGGAUGUGUGAGGCUGUGGGAUGUGGAUUUCAAACCCAUCACCAAGAUCGACCUCAGGGAGGCAGAACAGGGUUAUAAAGGCCUGUCCAUCCGCAGCGUGUGUUGGAGGGCUGACAGGAUCCUAGCGGGAACUCAAGACAGUGAGAUCUUUGAGGUGAUGGUGCGAGACAGAGAUAAACCGCUCUUGAUCAUGCAGGGGCACUCAGAAGGGGAACUCUGGGCCCUCGACCUGCAUCCCAAACAACCGCUGGCCGUCACAGGCAGCGACGAUCGAUCUGUACGGCUGUGGAGUUUAUCCGAACACACGUUGAUCGCUCGCUGCAACAUGGAAGAGGCCGUACGCAGCGUUUCCUUCAACAACGACGGCUCCCAGCUCGCCCUGGGCAUGAAGGACGGCUCUUUCACUGUUCUUCGUGUCAGGGACAUGACGGAGGUGGUCCACAUCAAGGACAGGAAGGAGGUCAUUCACGAGCUCAAGUUCUCACCUGAUGGCUCUUAUUUGGCCGUGGGCUCCAACGACGGGUUUGUGGACAUCUACGCUGUGGCCCAACGCUAUAAAAAAGUGGGAGAGUGCAACAAGUCCACUUGCUUCAUAACGCACCUGGAUUGGUCCGUGGACAGCCGAUUCCUGCAGACCAAUGAUGGAGCUGGAGAAAGAUUCUUCUACAGGAUGCCAACCGGUAAAUUCCUGCCGAAGGAGGAAGCCAAAGGAAUCCACUGGAUGACGUGGACAUGUGUUCUCGGACCCGAGGUGAAUGGAAUCUGGCCUAAAUACUCCAACGUCAAUGACAUCAAUUCUGUGGACGCCAAUUACAGCAGUGCAGUGCUGGUGACGGGCGACGACUUCGGCCUCGUCAAACUCUUCAGAUUCCCGUGUCUUAAGAAAGCUGCCAAAUUCAAGAAAUACAUCGGCCACUCUGCCCAUGUGACCAAUGUGCGCUGGUCACAUGACCUGCAGUGGGUUCUGAGCACGGGCGGAGCGGAUCACUCUGUGUUCCAGUGGAGGUUUCUGCCGGAAGGCGUCAUGAAUGGGGUUUUGGAGCCACUGCUGCAAGAGGGGUACGCUGACUCGAACAGCGGCGAAUCCGACUCCGACCUUUCCGACGUUCCCGAACUGGACUCGGACAUCGAACAGGAAGCCCAGAUGAACUACGAGCGUCAGGUGUACAAGGAAGAUCUUCCUCAGCUCAAGAAGAAGCUGGCUGGAUCUCUGAAGAGGCAGAAAGCUCCGGACGAGGGGUUACGCCUGCAGUUCGUCCACGGGUACAGGGGCUGCGACUGCAGGAAUAAUCUGUUUUACACUCAGGCCGGGGAGGUGGUGUAUCACGUGGCGGCUGUAGCUGUGGUGUAUAACAGACAGCAGCACACGCAGCGCUUUUACCUCGGUCAUGAUGACGAUAUCCUGAGCCUCACGGUGCACCCGCUGAAAGAUUACGUGGCCACCGGACAGGUGGGUCGAGAUCCAGCCAUCCAUGUGUGGGACAUCCAGACGCUCAAGUGUUUAUCUCUACUGAAGGGUCAACAUCAGCGAGGGGUUUGUGCUCUAGAGUUCACAGCGGACGGAAAGAGUUUAGUGUCUGUGGGAAUCGAUGAAGAUCAUUCCAUAGUCAUCUGGGACUGGAAAAAAGGUGAAAAACUGGCCAAAUCCAGAGGACAUAAAGAUAAGAUCUUUGUGGUGAAAGGAAACCCGUUCCGCAUGGACAAACUGCUCACGGUGGGAAUGAAGCACAUCAAGUUCUGGCUGCAUACAGGAGGAGGUUUAACAUUUAAGAGGGGCAUUUUCGGAAAUCUUGGCAAGCAAGAGACCAUGAUGUCCGCCUGCUACGGACGCUCGGAGGAUCUGGUGUUUUCUGGCGCGACUACGGGUGACGUGUACAUCUGGAAAGACACCACGCUCAUGAAGAGCAUCAAAGCUCACGAUGGCCCUGUGUUUGCUAUGUGCUCUCUGGACAAGGGUUUUGUGACGGGGGGUAAAGAUGGAGUUGUGGAACUGUGGGACGACAUGUUCGAGAGAUGUCUGAAGACCUACGCCAUCAAGAGGGCGGUGCUCUCGCCUUCAUCGAAGGGACUGCUGUUAGAGGACAACCCCUCCAUCAGAGCGAUCACUCUGGGACACGGACACAUUCUGGUGGGCACCAAGAACGGAGAGAUCCUGGAGAUCGACAAGAGCGGCCCCAUGACUUUACUCGUACAGGGUCACAUGGAGGGGGAGGUUUGGGGUCUGGCGGCUCAUCCACUGCUGCCCAUUUGUGCCACUGUGAGUGACGACAAAACGCUGCGGAUCUGGGAGCUUUCGGCCAACCAUCGAAUGGUGGCCGUCCGGAAACUUAAGAAAGGUGGCAGAUGCUGUGCCUUCUCCCCAGACGGAAAAGCCUUAGCGGUGGGUCUAAACGACGGCAGCUUCCUGGUGGUCAAUGCAGACACGCUGGAAGACAUGGUGACCUUUCACCACAGGAAGGAGAUCAUCUCUGAGAUCAGGUUCUCUCAAGAUGCUGGAAAAUACCUCGCCGUGGCCUCCCACGACUCGUUUGUGGACAUUUAUAACGUUCUGACCAGUAAGAGGGUGGGCAUCUGUAAAGGAGCGUCCAGCUGCAUCACACAUGUGGACUGGGAUGUCCGCGGAAAACUGCUUCAAGUCAACACUGGUGCCAAAGAGCAGCUAUUUUUCGAAGCUCCACGUGGAAGACGACAAACUAUCAGCAGUUCAGAGUCUGAGAAGAUGGAAUGGGCCACAUGGACGUCAGUGCUGGGCGCCACCUGUGAGGGCAUCUGGCCCACGAUCAGCUUCGUCAACGCCUCUUCACUUACCAAAGACAAGAAGCUGCUGGCCACCGGAGACGACUUUGGCUUCGUCAAGCUCUUCAGCUUCCCUUGCAAGGGUCAAUUUGCCAAGUUUAAGAAGUACGUGGCUCACAGUGCCAAUGUGACAAAUGUACGAUGGUCCAAUGAUGAUGCAAUGCUGCUUUCGGUGGGCGGGGCCGACACGGCCCUCAUGAUCUGGGCGAGAGAGGGGAUUGGUCCACGCGAGAGCAAAGCCGUGGACAGCGAGGAAUCAGAUGACGACCCUGAAGAGGAUGGAGGGUACGACAGUGACGUCGCUCGAGAGAAGAACAUGGAUUACACGACGAAGAUCUACGCCGUCAGUAUAAGACAAAUGACCGGCGUAAAGCCACACCAACAGCAGAAGGAGAUCCUAGUGGAUGAACGACCUCCGGUGAGUCGCGCUGCACCGUUACCUGAAAAACUGGUGAAGAACAACAUCACAAAGAAGAAGAAGAUGGUGGAGGAGCUUUCUCUGGACCACGUGUUUGGCUACAGAGGCUUUGAUUGUCGAAACAACCUUCACUACCUCAAUGAUGGAGCUGACAUCAUCUUCCACACGGCUGCUGCUGCUGUUAUUCAGAACCUCUCUGCUGGUACUCAGAGCUUUUAUCUGGAGCACACGGAUGACAUCCUCUGCCUGACUGUCAAUCAACAUCCCAAAUAUCAAAACAUCAUCGCCACGGGUCAGAUCGGCGACAUCACCGAUCUGCCAGGUCUGGCACCAUCCAUUCACGUUUGGGACGCCAUGAGUAAACAGACUCUGUCUGUGCUGCGCUGCUCUCACGCCAAAGGACUCGGAUACGUCAACUUCAGCGCCACGGGAAAACUCCUGCUGUCUGUGGGAGUGGAUCCCGAGCACACCAUCACUGUGUGGAGAUGGCAGGAAGGCUCACGGGUUUGCAGUAAAGGCGGUCACACAGACCGGAUCUUUGUGGUGGAGUUCAGGCCCGAUUCGGACACUCAGUUCGUGUCUGUAGGAAUCAAACAUAUCAAGUUCUGGACGCUGGUCGGAGGAUCUCUGCUGUAUAAGAAAGGAGUGAUCGGAGCGGUGGAGGACGGUCGGAUGCAGACCAUGCUGUCUGUCGCGUUUGGAGCCAAUAACCUGACGUUCACCGGGGCCAUUAACGGUGAUGUGUACGUGUGGCGGGAGCACUUCCUGGUGCGUGUGGUGGCUAAAGCUCAUACUGGACCAGUGUUCACCAUGUACACGACGCUCAGAGACGGACUCAUAGUGACCGGAGGCAAAGAGAGACCGACUAAAGAGGGCGGUGCUGUGAAACUGUGGGAUCAGGAAAUGAAGCGAUGCAGAGCGUUUCAGCUGGAGACAGGACUUCCUGUAGAGACGGUCAGAUCUGUCUGCAGAGGAAAGGGAAAGAUCUUGGUGGGAACGAAGGAUGGCGAGAUCAUCGAGGUGGGAGAGAAGAACGCUGCCUCCAACACUAUGAUAAACGGACACACGCAAGGACGCAUCUGGGGUCUGGCCACACACCCCUCCAAAGACGUCUUCAUUUCCGCCAGCGAUGAUGGAACCAUCCGGAUCUGGGACCUGGCAGAUAAGAAACUUCUGAACAAAGUCAGUCUGGGUCAUCCGGCAAAGUGCACGGCGUACAGUCCGAACGGUGAAAUGGUGUCCAUCGGGAUGGAAAACGGAGAGUUCAUCGUGCUGCUGGUGAAUUCACUGACUGUAUGGGGCAAAAAGAGAGACCGGAGCGUGGCCAUCCAGGACAUACGGUUCAGUUCUGAUAACCGGCUGCUGGCCGUCGGAUCGGUGGAGUGUGCGGUAGAUUUCUACGAUCUCACUCUGGGUCCGGCUCUCAAUCGCAUCGGCUAUUGCAAAGAUAUUCCUGGCUUUGUGAUCCAGCUGGACUUCUCCGCUGACAGCAAAUACAUCGAGGUGUCUACGGGCUCAUAUAAGCGGCAGGUUCAUGAGGUUCCCAGCGGUAAGAUCGUCACAGAACAGGCCCUGAUCGACAGGAUCACCUGGGCUACAUGGACCAGUGUUCUGGGUGACGAGGUUUUGGGCAUCUGGCCGCGUAACGCGGAGAAAGCAGAUGUGAACUGCGCCUGUGUUUCUCACGCCGGGCUGAACGUGGUCACCGGAGAUGAUUUUGGACUCGUGAAGCUCUUCGACUUCCCCUGCUUGGAGAAAUUUGCCAAACACAAGCGUUACUUCGGUCACUCUGCCCAUGUGACCAACAUCCGUUUCUCUUAUGACGACAAAUAUGUGAUAAGUGUAGGAGGCAACGACUGUAGUGUGUUCGUGUGGAGAUGUAUCUGAUUCCCGGCCGGCACCUCCAGCGUCCGGAUGCUGCACUGCACUGUUAUGCUGCGUUUUACCCCUCUAGACCUGAUGGAGGAUGGAUUUGUGAGAGACAAGAGGGUUUUUUACCAUUCUGUGAAGUGCAAUGUUUACGCUCACAUGUACUUAAAAAAAUAUACACUCAUAAAUCAUGCCAAUGUUUCAGAAAUAAAUGUAUUUUUUGUUUGGAUUCUGAAGUGCCUUGGAGACACAGUUUGCUGAUCUUUGCCCCGAAAUGUUCACAUGAUGCAUAUAUGGUGCUAAAUGGAAUAUGUCCACUUAGAGCUUUUUAAAAUUAUUUUAAAAACCAUGCAUUAUGCAAUUUUCUUUAUUUUCCCCCCUUCUUUUUACAUUUUGUACAUAAAUGUCUAACAUAUAUAUAUAUAAUCCUCUCAUUAAAUGCUCUUCCUGUUAAAAAUAUCCAAAUACAUGGGACUCAGGAGAAAUUAAGUACUGUAAUGUGUAGAUGUUAUAUUUGACCUGUGCUAUUUUUGUUAAAAUAUUUAUUUUUUAAUGUACGUAUUUUACGUAUGAAGUAUGCAAAUUAGUCGAACUGUUGGCGUAUAUGAAACUUGCAAAAAAAAUGUCCAAAUAUAAAAGUGAUAUGAAAUGUACGUAGUAGCGUUGUGUGUAGAUUGCGAUGCACUGUUUGUAGCCAAUCACGUGACAGCAGCUGUUUAUCGUGUGCAGAUAUCGAGUUAUAUCUGUCAUUUGUAUGUUCAUGUUUUUUGUAAUUUGUCUGAUCAGAGGUCAGUCUAAUUGAAAGAUAUAUAAUAAUGCAUGAAUCGAAGUCUGUGUGAUCGUUGGUCAUGAAUGAAUACUGUUGUUUUAUAAUUAAAGAGAAUUAAAUGCA